AUGAAUCGACCACUUCCGGAGUCUCCAAUCGAUAUUCGUGCACUUGUUCUCUAUGAUAUUCAUCAAUGGAAAACCGCUGGAACAUCUUAUGAAAGUUAUGAGAAAUUGUGUGACAGGAUUGGAGAAAAAGUGAUUUCCUAUGAUGAUUAUGAGUAUUGGUUCAAUCAAUAUCACAAGGAAGAGUACCUGGCGAGAAGGGAAAAUGAUGCGAGCGGAACAGCAAUCGUGUCCAGAGAUUAUCUGAUUGUUCCUUUGUACACUCUCCAAUAUCUCAAAAAAUCGGGAAUUGAAUAUUACCGCGAGCGCUUCAGCUUAAUUAAAAGUGAUACCUCAAAACCAGACAUACGCGGAUGCAUUCUUUCUGAUGUCAUCAAUGGAAAAUCUGCUGAAAAGUCAUUGAAUGAUUUGUGUGAGGCGUUUGAAGAUCAUAAAGUCGAUAAGGAAGAUCAUGGCUACUGGUACAAGCGCUUCGGCAACGGAGGCUUAUUCACUCGUAUCAUUUUCUCCGAUCUUCCAAAUGAAAUUAUCGCUGAAAUCGUAGGAAAAUGUGAUCAUUUCAGAUCAUAUCUGUCACUUCGAAACGUGUCACGUCGUCUCCGAAACAUUGUCGAUCGCUCUAAACCUGCGUUUACUAGUAUAUCUGUCGACGUUGCAGAUGAUUUCAUUCAAUUCAUGUUGAACGAUAAGGAAUCAUUGAUAUAUGUUGAAGAGGAGGAGUUCGAACCGGAAGACACAGUAAUGACUCUCAAUUGUCUGAAAUUAAUACUUAGCAAUCCAAAACUCCAAUUGGACAGUCUUCACAUUGUCCAUUGGCAAGAGGCGGAAAGGGAGAUGUUUGAAAUGAUCCUUGAUGUUUUCAACUCAUUGAAUCAUCAACUCCACGUGAAGCACUUCUCGUUUCGAACCCCUUAUGUGACCUGUGUGCCAGAUGUCGUGAAGCAUUUGAAACCUGGUGUACUGGAGAAAUUAACGUUGGCUAGGCAAGAAGACGAUCAGAUGAUUGUCGAUCAAUUAUAUGGGAUGGAACAGUGGAAACAAGCGAAACACGUGGACGUCGACGACGUGUUCAUUUCUAUCGAGCACUUUUCUCAUUUCACUUCAUUCGAUGUUUCUAUUCCAAUGUUUUCUGCUGAAGAAGUUGUCGGAUUGAUCAAUGCAGUUUCUACAUUCAUCAACUUCAAGAGUUGCCGUUUGGAAAUAUUGGAUUUGGAAACAGUCAAAGAUAUGCUGAAUCUUCAACAAACUGCUUCUCCUAAAAUGUUUUCGAUUCCAAAUUCGGAUAGUAAGCAACGCAAGACUUUUAUACUCAACUACUAG